AUGAUGUCUGAUCAGUUUAGAAAGGUAGAGCCCUAUUCACCUAAAUCCUCGCCUCGAGGAGCGAGGUCACCAGUAGUUUCUCGUCAAGAUUCUUCUGGCACCCUCAAAACGACCAUAUCGCUGGGCAAGAAUCCCUCUAUUGUGCACAGUGGGCCUUUCUAUUUGAUGAAAGAACCUCCAGGAGAAUGUGAACUCACAGGAGCUACAAAUUUAAUGGCGCAUUAUGGAUUAGAACAUUCAUAUAGUAAAUUUAAUGGUAAAAAAUUAAAGGAAUCUCUGUCAUCCUUUCUUCCAAAUCUCCCUGGUAUCCUUGAUGGCCCAGGACAGGAAGAUAAUAGUACUUUAGGUUCAGUGAUAGCUAAGAGACCAAUAGGAGGUAAAGAACUGCUACCUUUGACUAGUGCACAAUUAGCUGGCUUCAGACUUCAUCCUGGACCCCUACCUGAACAGUAUCGCUAUGUGAGUGCUACACCACCAAAGAGACAUAAAAGCAAACAUAAGAAACAUAAGCAUAAAGAUGGUGCACCUCCAGGACAAGAUACACCUUUACAAGACUCGUCAAAUCCUGAUACAUAUGAAAAGAAACACAAAAAGCAAAAAAGGCAUGACGAUGAUAAAGAGCGCAAAAAGAGAAAAAAGGAGAAAAAGAGGAAAAAGCAAAAACACAGUCCAGAGCAUGGAGGUCUCACACCCAACCAGCAUCCAAUACCA